GCGUUCCAUUGGUGGAUGUCCUGUCACUCAGACAGUACUUCCGUUGUCAGGGGAGCUCGAGGCAAGAUGGCGACGGUGGUGGCAAUGACAGCAGCGGCAGAAGAAAAGUCCCGAGGAAAGUACUCAGCCAGCUGCAUCACUGUGAUUGUGGUAUUGGUUGGCCUGCCUCUUUGGUGGAAGACAACAGAGACAUAUCGUGCCUCGCUGCCUUACAGUCAGAUCAGUGAACUAGAUAUUCUCUUGCUUGACAUUAGUGUACCAGUGGAGGUGGUCUUCACAAGAGGCACAUUGACCGCAGAACAACAGAAAAGGCUGCUGCCACAGACUCAGUUUAGCCAGAAACUGAAUCAGCUGGAUGGUAAAACAGGCUUCAAGUAUAGGUAUGAGAAGACAUAUAGAGCUGCUACCGGUAUUGAACAAGAUGCAAUAAUGGGUGAAAAUGUGGAAGUGACUGUUGUCACGCUGUCCCGAGUUUAUGAGAGCUUGAUAGGAUCUGUGGUGAUAUACGUUGUGCCUGCUGAUUCCCAGCUUUUUCCGCAAGAGGUCACUGUUUACAUUGGGAAACACAGGGCUGCCUUUCUGCGCUCACCUGUGACUAGAUCUCAUACUGUGGCGGAGGUACUUCAGGACAUUGACGACUAUGUGGAAGAUAUCCUGCAAACAAUGUCUUUCACUGAUGACAUGGUGGUUGCAGCAUUGUCUAGUCGCUUUCCUUCAGGAACAUUUGGCACUGACACCUUCACAGACAGCAUGACAGCUUUUAAAUCUAGUCUUGGAUAUGAAAUCACUUUCAGUUUGUUGAAUCCUGAUCCCAAAUCCCACAACACUUGUUGGGACAUUGAACAAGCAGUGAAUAAUUAUGUGCAACCCUUCCUGGACAAGAUGUCAGUAUUCGCUAACUUUUCUGUUGACUCUCAGAUACUGUAUUAUGCAGUUCUUGGUGUAACACCACGCUACAAUAAGACUUCAUCAAGCUUUACUUUGAAUGAGGAUAGCUUGCCUCAUGUGAUCAAUCCGGUCGAAGCCAAACUGGGGUCUAACGUUGCUUCAAGCUACCCUGUUUUAAAUUUUCUUCUUUACGUUCCUGAAUAUUCACAUUCUCCACUGUAUAUCCGUGACAGCGAUGGAUCUCCCGUUGAAUCAAACACUUUUCACAGCUCCCGCUGGGGAGGAAUCAUGAUUUACAAUGUGGAUCACCAGCAAUUGAAUGAGACUCUGCUGCCAGUAUCAGUCAACAUAGACAUGGCUCGCGUGAUGGAGGUGUUUCUGACUCAGCUGCGGUUACUGUUGGGUAUACAGAAAGUACAGCCCCCUUCUCAAUUCCUUGUCCAAAGUCCUGGGAACAUGAUUGCCACUGACUGGGAAAUUGACCGCCUGCUCUGGGUGAGAACAGUGGAAAAUAUUGCCACUGCAACAAACACACUGACCUCCUUAGCUCAGCUCCUCGAUGAAAUUGGAAACAUUGUGAUUAAUGAUAACAUCGCCUCUGAGGUGUACAGUGCCCUAGCCUCUGUUCAACAAUCGCUUCAGGAGCUGGAGGCUGGAAGACUGUUGUCAGCUUUUCAGGCAAGCAAAAAAGGCAUCACUUCAUCUGAGAGAGCUUUCUUUGAUCCGUCUCUCCUCCACCUCCUGUACUUCCCAGAUGAUCAGAAGUUUGCCAUUUAUAUCCCCUUGUUUCUGCCAAUGUGUGUCCCCAUUAUGCUGUCCCUGUUAAAAACUGCCAAGGAUUUUAAAUGGAGAAAGAAGGUGGAUUGAAAUGGUGAAGUGGUAAUGAGCAAUUGAUGGCUCCCCAUGGACUUAUGAUAUCUCAAUUAUGAAAGAAUAUUGGAUAGUAGGUCUCAAAAGAUUUGUAAAUGUUUUGGAUUUCGUUCAGCUUAAUUUAUUGGAAGUUCUUGCCCUCUUUCCUGACUGCAUGACGGACUGGAGUUCUACAGAUACCUUCAGCCAGAAUAGGCCAGCAUACACUGGACUCAUGAGUGAUUGGUGUAUGAAGUGAAUCUUGGGCAAUGUUGAUGCCUCAGUUUUAUGCACAUCUUCAUACAGUAAAUGGGGAUACUAAAUAUGAACAUAUCUGACAUCUCAGAAUUUAUAUCUGGACUGCUUUUCCUACUGAUUUUCAUGUAAAAUAAUUCAUAGGGAAAGCCUGCAAGUUUGUUGAUGUAGCUUUCCAACCAAUUGUUGAAAUGUUCAAAAACCAAUAAAACGAGACAUUAAUUUGAAGGUUAAA